UCGGCGGCGGCACCGGGAUGAGCGGCAAGGAAGGAUCGGGUGGUUUCAGAAAACGAAAGCAUGACAAUUUUCCACAUGGUCAAAGAAGAGAGGAAAAAGAGAAUGUUAAUCCAUCUUCAGCUUUGAUGACAUCUUUUAAAUCAUUUCAGCUGGAGCUUGACACCAGGCAUGAUAAAUAUGAACGGCUUGUGAAGCUCAGUCGUGAUAUAACUAUCGAAAGCAAAAGAACAAUAUUUCUGCUCCACAGGUUUACCAGUGCUCCCAAUGGGGAAGAAAUACUAAAUGAAUCUGAAAUCAAGCUAGAUGCUGUCCGACGGAAAAUUAAGCAGGUUGCACAAGAACUGAUUGGAGAAGACAUGUAUCAGUUCCACAGAGCUAUAUCUCCAGGACUUCAAGAAUAUGUUGAGGCAGUCUCAUUUCAGUAUUUUAUCAAAACACGAUCUUUGAUUAGUGUUGAAGAGAUCAACAAACAACUAAUAUUUACAGCAGAAGAGAGAGAAGAAACAACAAAUACGACCACCAAUUCCCAUGAUAAACAACCGCACACUUGGAGCCUGAAGGUAACACCUGUAGAUUACCUGCUGGGAGUGGCUGAUCUAACUGGAGAGCUGAUGCGGCUAUGCAUCAGCAGUGUUGGAAAUGGUGACAUAGACACGCCUUUUGAACUGAGCCAGUUCUUACGUCAGAUUUAUGAUGGUUUUACUUUCAUUGGCAACACUGGACCUUACGAAGUAUCUAAGAAGCUGUAUACCUUGAAACAGAGUCUGGCAAAAGUAGAGAAUGCCUGCUACACGUUAAAAGUACGGGGAUCUGAAAUCCCAAAGCACAUGCUGGCUGAUGUGUUCUCCACCAAAACAGAAUUGAUUGACCAAGAGGAGGGUCUGUCUUAAAAUAAGGGGACUGUUGCAAGUCUGAAGGGAAGAGGACUUGGAGAAAGCCUUUUAGUUACGGUUUGUGGGGUUUUGGCCCUUCUCAAAGCUUUUUAGGUAGAGACAUUUUUAGUUUUAUCUAUGAGAAAAUUGUUUGCAGUGGUAAUUCGUAACCAAAAAUACUUUUUAUGAUGUGCAAGAGAACAAAUGUUUGACUUUGUCCUCUCAGUAUGGAAUUUCCUGUAUUGCUCCAUUGUAUCUUCUUUCAGAAUGACCAAAAUUUCCACUGCGCUCUACACCAGUGACUGUCAGUUGUGUGAGUCACCUCGAACUGUUAUGUAGUUGCUGUUACCAGUUUUCAGCAAGCACAGCAGUGGGAAAAAAAAUGGUUAGGUACUGUUAUUUAGCAUUAUCCAUAGGUUUCUGCUGGCCCCUGUUUUCUGAGUAUUUGGGUUCUAUACUCAUGUCGUACCUAAAACAAUGCACCUAUGUAUGUGUAAGUUCAUCCAUUGACUUACAACUGAAGUGGUCUCAAAGGUGCCAUGCAACUUAGGUUUUCUCUGAUUAAUGCUUCUGAGCAUGAAACUGAAGCUAAGUCAGCUUUUCACCAAUUGAUAAUGAAGCUAGUUACACCAGGUAAAUAAUACUGUGCACUCAUUAUUUUGGGGCUCUGCUAAAGUUAACACUGGUACUUCACAGUUUUGACAUGAGCUAGAAAAUCCACACCCCCCAUGGAAUGUAUUGGUGUACAUUUUUUGUAAUACAGUUUAAUGCAGAAUCUGACAUCUUUCUGUUUGUAGACGAAAGCAGAAGACCUACCAAGUAUGUUUAACAUGAAUAAUUUGGUGUUAGGAAAAGCAGUUUUUGGCCAAAACAAGUGUGGUGUGGUGUUGGAAGUCUGUUCUCCAUUGUUUGUGCUGCCCUGAGGACCUCCAGUGGGGUUGAACUGGUAUAAGUGAAAAAGGGCUAGCCAAGUUUUAAAUAUCUGUUAGCAGGAACUAUAUUAUGUGCAUGUUCCUAUGGAAAGGAAAUUGCAAACAGAAAUAAGGCAGACAUUCUGACUUCCACAUUUAUCUUUGAGGUGGGUAUGUCACCAUUGGCAAAAAAUCAGGGCUUUCUGCCGGUGUCUGAAGUUAUGAAAGUCUGAUAAUGUACAUUAUGCUAAAGGAAAACAGAUAAAACAACAUGAUCUUUAGACUCCAGGAAAUAGGCCUCCCAACUGCAAUUGAAAAUACUGCAUGUUUUUUAUUUCCACUUCCAUAUGCUGUGAUACUGCCAAUAUUUUUCCCACGAGCAUGUCCUGAGUAGCUGGGAUUAUCUGAUAUAUGGGUAGGAAUGGGUGAAUACAUUUCUGUCACAUUUUUCCAUUGUUCCUACAUAAAGCAGUAUGUGGUGGGUUAAAAAGGAGUGGCUUUUUUCCUAUUGUUUAAUACUAUUUUUUUCA